CAUGUCUUCUCCCCCUCUUUCCCCAGCUAGUACCCGCAACUCUUUCUCUACCGCUCGUGAGGACAAUUUCACCUCUGCCCGUCAAAGCUUCGGCGCCGAGAGCCGCGCACAAGAAGAAGGCGGUGGCGAAUCAACGCCAACGCGACGUCAAUCCCUCCAAGUCGAUACUUCUCACCAGCCUUCUUCUGCUGCGGAUGAUGUUGAAAACGAGGGAGGACAGACUCCUCGGUCUCUUAUGGACUUUCGCUCGGGCCCCACGCCUGAUUGGGAUUACGAGGCUGCCGAGCCCAAAAAGGCGCAGAGGAUGAGUUUCGUUUAUGGUACCGCUGGGACUUCUAGUCAAUUGCCGGAAGAGUCGGCUCCUGCUGCCUCUCAUGCGAGCCACUCCCUUCUCACUGGGGACGGGGGACGCAUGCCAGAGGUACAGCGCAAUUGGAGUGACGAAGUUUUGGUAGGCCGAGCGCCUUCGGUAUCGAGCCAGUCUUCCCUCGCUUCUGGCUUGGUAUCCGCAUUGGAGGAGGACGAGUCUAACAGCGUCCCAUAUCAAAGUGACACUAGGAGUAGUGAAGGAGAAGAGAUUCAAAGUCAGACGGGGGAGGGGAGGGGCAAGAGGAGGGGCAAGAGGAGGGGCAAGAUGAGAAAGUACAUUAGUAGUUGUUUCACUGGCGGGGAUUGA